AUGUGGCACCUCAAACUUUGUGCAGUCCUCAUGAUCUUCCUGUUGCUGUUGGGCCAGAUAGAUGGCUCCCCAAUACCAGAAGUGAGUUCAGCAAAGAGAAGGCCACGGAGAAUGACCCCAUUUUGGAGAGGGGUUUCCCUCAGGCCUAUUGGAGCCUCCUGUCGGGAUGAUUCUGAGUGUAUCACAAGGCUAUGCAGAAAAAGACGCUGUUCCUUAAGUGUGGCCCAGGAAUGAUGUACAUACCAGGGGAAGAAAGGACAGCAGUCACCUCCGAUAAUGCUCCGUUCUAUGGAAUAUUGACUGCAUUUUGGCUGGAGAGACCCAAGUGAAGCAAUCUUGUAUUUUUAAUAUUUAAAGGCAGAUGUAUGCUUUAAAUUGGUCUCCAUUUCUUCUUAGAAUGUUGAUAUAUGGAUAAGCAUUAACUAAACUUGUCAAUUUAGAGUUUAUUUUUCUAUGGAUACUAUUAAAUGUCUCAAAUUGAAAUUUUAGCAGUCUGGAAUUCAAGCUUUUGAGGGAAAGAAGGAUUCACUUUGUAUACUGAAGAAAAAAACGGCAUUGCCCAAUAAUGUGUUAGCUUCUCAAUCUGGAAAGUGUGGUGACAGCUACAUAAUCAACAGCUACAUAAUCAACUUUAGCAAGUUCCUAAGCUGUGGCCCUGGAUCCCUUCACUCCGUAACUCUUCAGGGAGGUGUCAAAGGUGGUCAAGCUUGGGAGGCUGAGGCAGGAGAAUCACUUGAACCUGGGAGGCGGAGGUUGCAGUGAGCCAAGAUCAUGCCACUGCACCCCAGCCUGGGUGAGAGAGAGAGACUCUGUCUCAAAAAAAAAAAAAGAUGGUCAAGCACUUGCCAUCUAAUGAAGCACCCAGGUUUGUCUAUGACUGUCUGAACAUAAGGCAGAACAGAAAGAAAAAUCUAGUUUAAUAAAGCAAUGAAAGCCCAAGCCACCAAAAGCACCAAAAGAGAUUUAAGAUUUCUGUUGGGACAAGGUGAAUUUUGACAUAUGCACAAGGACCCAUGGCCAGCAAGUUCAGAAUUUCUGUAAUCAGAAAAUGAGACCUCAGCUGGCGGGAACAGACUUUUAAAGAGUAGUAAUGGACCUUAAGACACAAAACAGGAAUUGCAUGAAAAGGGCUCAGAGUUGAAGAAAUAUAAAGAGUACAGUGUUCAUUAACUUUAAUACAGAAAAUCUAUUUGAUAUUUAUUAAACUUAGUUUCUCCAGCUAUGGUUUGGCAUUGUACAAAGCAUCUUAAUGACACAGUAGAGUUAAAAAGAUCUUUACAAAUUGAAAUGUGAUACCCUUGUCUCCAAAUAUUUUAAUUGCCAUAAAUUUGUUUAAAAAUACACAUUAAACGCAUGUUUGACACUCUAAACUUUCUAUACUCUCAAUACCACAAAAUACAUAUAAUAUACUAUACAGAUGUGGAAAAAUCUAGUUAGUAUAUAAUACUUUGCUCACCAUUAACAGCUUUAUCAUGUGAAAUGCACAUACUGACUUAGAAAUCCUAGCUUUUGAGCCCCAAAGUACCUCUGAAAUUGUAAUGUAUUGCAACAAAUAAAAAUCACAGUAUAUAAUUGAAA